AUGUCUGCUCCUAUUGACUAUCUUCUUUUCGAAGAAGCAACUGGUUAUGCUGUCUUUAAGGUCAAGUUACAACAAGACAACAUUGGUUCCAAAUUAAAAGAAGUUCAACAACAAAUUAAUGAUUUAUCAAGUUUCUCAAAAUUAGUUGAAUUAAUCUCUUUUGCUCCUUUUAAAGGUGCUGCUCAAGCUUUAGAAAAUGCUAAUGAAAUCUCUGAAGGUUUAGUUUCUGAAUAUUUAAAAUCAGUUUUAGAAUUAAAUUUACCAAAAGGUUCAUCAAAAAAAUCUAUAACUUUGGCAAUUUCUGAUAAAAAUUUAGGUCCUUCAAUUAAAGAAACUUUUGGUUAUAUUGAUUGUAUUUCAAAUGAAUUAGCUCAAGAUUUAAUCAGAGGUGUUAGAUUACAUGGUGAUAAAUUAUUAAAAGAUUUACAACAAGGUGAUAUUGAAAGAGCCCAAUUAGGUCUUGGUCAUGCUUAUUCAAGAGCUAAAGUGAAAUUUUCAGUUCAAAAAAAUGAUAACCAUAUUAUUCAAGCUAUUGCUCUUUUGGAUCAAUUAGAUAAAGAUAUCAACACUUUUUCAAUGCGUGUUAAAGAAUGGUAUGGAUGGCAUUUCCCAGAAUUGGCUAAAUUAGUUCCUGAUAAUUAUAUUUUUGCCAAAUUGGUUUUAUUCAUUAAAGAUAAAGCUUCAUUAAAUGAAGAUUCUUUACAUGAUUUAACUGCCAUUUUAUCAAAUGAUUCAGGUUUAGCUCAAACCGUUAUUGAUAAUGCUAUGAUUUCAAUGGGUCAAGAUAUUUCUGAACAAGAUUUUGAUAAUUUAUUAGUUUUCGCUAAAAGAGUUGUUUCAAUCACUGAUUAUAGAAGAUCUCUAUAUAAUUAUUUGGUUGAUAAAAUGCAUACUGUUGCUCCAAAUUUAUCAGAAUUGAUUGGUGAAGUUAUUGGUGCUAGAUUAAUUUCUCAUGCUGGUUCUUUAACUAAUUUAUCAAAACAAGCUGCUUCAACUGUUCAAAUCUUGGGUGCUGAAAAAGCUUUAUUCAGAGCUUUGAAAACUAAAGGUAAUACUCCAAAAUAUGGUUUAAUUUAUCACUCAACUUUUAUUGGUCGUGCUUCUGCUAAAAAUAAAGGUAGAAUUUCAAGAUAUUUGGCAAAUAAAUGUUCAAUUGCUUCAAGAAUUGAUAAUUAUUCAGAUGAACCAAGUACAGUUUUCGGUUCAGUUUUGAAAAAACAAGUUGAACAAAGAUUGAACUUCUAUGAUACUGGUGCUCCAACUAUGAAAAAUUCAGAUGCUAUUACUGAAGCUUUAGGUUUAUAUAAAGAUUUAGAUAUUGAAAUCCCAGAUGCUAGUGAUGAUGAAAAGGAUGAAGAAGUUGCAACCCCAAAGAAAGAAAAGAAGGAAAAGAAGGAUAAAAAGGAAAAGAAAGACAAAAAGGAAAAGAAAGAUAAAAAGGAAAAGAAGGAAAAAAAGAGAUCAAAAGGUGAUGAUGAUGAUGAAUCUCCAAAAAAGAAGAAGAAAUCAAAAUAG